GUGUGUGUGUGUGUGUGUACGUGUUCGAUCUGGAAGGUGGAGGAGAGAAAGCGUCUUCCCUUCCACCUGAGUGAUCACGCAUGCGUAGACCGCCUUGGGUCCCCGCCUCUCUCUCUCUCUCUCUCUCCCUCCCUCUCUCUCUCUCUCUCUCUCUCUCUCUCUCUCUCUCUCUCUCUCUCUCUCUCUCUCCCUCCCUCCCUCUCUCUCUCUCUCUCUCUCCCGCACACACGCACGCGCUCGCACGCGCGCACAGCCGGUGUCGGUGUUUCGGUUCGUUUCGUAGUGCGCGCUCUCUCUUUUGAUGCCGAGCCGCGUCACUCCGACCCGGUAGACCCGGUAGACCUGGACCUAGACCCGGUAGACCCGGUAGAUCCGGUAGACCCGGUAGAUCCGGUAGACCCGGUAGACCCGGUAGACCCGGUAGACCCGGACCCUUCCGCUCCACCGGAGCCGCUCAAUCCGCGUUCUCGUCUCCUGACCUUUGACCCUUUCACGACCUUUCCGAUGUUCCCAAAGCGAUGACCCGACUUCACCGUCGCCGCCAUGGUCGCCCGUUACCAAGGUGACCUCUGCGCCUGCCAGAAAACCUCCGCCUUACCCUCUCUGCUCGCGUCCAAUCGGUGGCGGGGAUGCACGUGAUGGGCAGCGUCUCCCCGGCCAAUGAGAGGGAGGCUUUCUUCCUCCAGGUGGAAGAAACUCCUGCUCGUCCUCCGUCUGGAUCUUCUGAUAAUGAAGGUGACCAGAGGUCACCGGGUCCUCCUCCUGCUCCUCCUCCACCUCCUCCUCCUCCUCCUCCUCCUCCUCCUCCUCCUCCUCCUCCUCCUCCUCCACCUCCUCUGAUGCCAGGGGACCCGGUAGGAGGCGGCAAGAAGAAGAGGAGGGUGAGGAGUUUCUUUUGGAAAACCAUACCUGAGGAUCAGGUGAAGGGGCGGAGCAACCUGUGGACUCAGGGCCGUGUGCAGCAGCAGUACCAGAUCGACGUCCAGACAAUCGAGGAGCUGUUUGGUCAGAACGCCAAGGCCACGCCCACCAAGGGGGCGUCGACCAGAAGCUCGUUCAGAGAGGCCAAAGAGGAGGUCUCCAUUCUCGACUCUAAACGAGGGAUGAACAUCGGGAUUUUCCUCAAACAGUUCAGGAGGCCCAAUCAGACGAUAGUAGACGAUAUUCACCAUGGCAACAGUGAGCCAUACGGGGCGGAGCCUCUGAGAGAGCUGCUGAAGCUGCUGCCGGAGGCCGAGGAGGUGAAGAAGCUGACGUCGUACCAAGGAGACAUCGCUAAGCUCUCAUUGGCCGAUUCCUUCAUUUACCUGUUGAUCCAGCUCCCCAGUUACUCGCUCCGCAUCGAGUCCAUGCUGCUGAAGGAGGAGUUCCCCGGAGCGAGUGAGGUCAUCAAACGAGACAUCGACAUCCUCCACGCCGCCACCAAAGAGUUGAUGAGCUGUGAGGAGCUCCAUGCUGUUCUCCACUUGGUGCUGCAGGCCGGAAACCUGCUGAACGCGGGAGGUUAUGCAGGAAACGCAGUGGGUUUCAAGCUGUCGUCCCUUCUGUCUCUGGCCGACACCAAGGCCAACAAACCGGGCAUGAACCUGCUGCACUUUGUCGCUCUGGAAGCCCAGAAGAAAGACAUCAAGCUGUUGGAGUUCCCCCUGAAGUUGAAUCACGUGCAGCCUGCCGCCAGGAUCUCCUUGGAAACGCUGGACGCCGAUCUUCAGUGGCAGACGUCUCGCACGCGCUCAGUAGAGGAGAACGUCCAGAGAGACGCGGAGCUGCUGCAGCAGCUGGGCGGCUUCCUGCAGUCGGCCACCGCGUCGCUCAGCUCGCUGCACGGCCACCGGCUGCAGCUGAAGACGGACGGCAGCGAGCUGAUCGACUUCUUCUGUGAAGACCGAGAGACGUUCAGGCUCGACGACUGCUUCAGCAUCUUCAACAGCUUCUGCUGCAGGUUCAGCGCCGCGGUCAAGGAGAACACGGAGCGCGAGGCGAAGGAGGCGUCCCGCCGCCGGCGUUUACAGGAGCUGGAGGAGCAGAAGAGGCACUCGUGGUCCGGCAGCGAGGAGGUCGACGGGGCGUUCGGGUUGCGCUGCCGCAGCGAGGCGGACAUGUCGGCCGCCAUGUCGCCGCACGACGGCGCCCGGCUGCUGGUGGAGCUCCUGUCGCCGAAGUCCGGUCUGCGCUCGCCCUUCGGGGACUCCCACAACUCUCUCGGACGCCCGCGGCGAGCCAGGAACUCUUCGUCCGGCUCGUCGGUUGUCUUUGCCGAGCGCGAACUGAGCGCUCUCCUGGGGUCGCCGACCCCCGACCACAAGGAGGCAAGGACAUUUUUUCCAUCGGCCUCUCCCGGUAGUCUGGGACUCUCCGCUAACGCACGACCGCAAAGUCCAAGGGCCACAUCGUUCAGCUUUCCCCAAAACCCUCCCGAGACGGCGUUGAGCACACACAACCAAUCGACCGCCACUUACCUCAGCAACGACGCUCAAAACGCCAACAAUCUCGUGAUCAUAGUCACAACUACCUCUGAUUCCAACCAGGAGUCCAACCACAACAACGACAGCGAAGAUCGACUCGCCGUUGGGGAACUCGCCAGAGUGAACAAAGCUGAGCAGGAUAUUAGAGGAAAGAUGUUUUUUGAGAAGUGCACAUUGGUGCCCGAGCUGAAAGGGUUCGACAGGACCGCCGGCGACCUCAAAGGGUCUCACUCCUCCCGGCAUUGGCGCCGGGACGAGGAGGCCGAGAGGGUGGAAAGAGAAGAGGAAGAGGAGGGACGCGAGGAACAGGCGAUAGUGUGGUGCGUGACAGGUGUGUGCGAGGCUGCCGGCGAGCUUGCGAACGCCGCCGACACCCGUGCACGAGCUGAGCACGACCAUCGCGGAGGGAGCCAGCAGGCUGCCCAAGCCAAUCGCACGCCUUCAGAACCUCAGCCGGCCAAUGAGAAGCCAGUGCCUGAACCCAUCAGCAGCCAACCGGUGCCUGUCCCUCGCCGCAACGAUCCGUCACACCCCGCCUCCUCCCCCAUGUGGCGCCGUGCAGAGCCUUCAGCGGCCAAUGGGGCUAAAAGAACAGCCAAUCAAAGGGGAGAAGCAAAGGGCUCCACCAAUGAGAAGAGAGAUGUGAGGACAGAACAAUCAACAGGCGACAGGAGCAGAAACACAUCCGCUUCCUGUCGCCCAGUAGCAGCUUAUUCCACGAAUGGAAAGGCGGGAUUGGCAAAUUCGUCCAAGUCGUCCACCAAGAACCUCCCUACCUCUAAGACUCGACCCGCCGGGACGAAACCCUCCGCCACCGCGCCCGCCGCCAACAAGUCCGUGCCUGUCCGCACCCUCACGAACUCCGAGAACCAGAACAUGAGGCGCGUCCUGCCGAUCUCCAGGACCAACCGAGGCGUUCCAGCUCUGGGCAAACAUCCCGAGAAGCCUCCCGGCUCCUCCGGCACCGCGGCGCUCGGCGGUCACCCCGCCUCCAGCCUCCUAAACGGCACCUCCCUCCGACGAGGAGAGCGGCCAUCGACCGCUCCGUCGUCCCGCCGCUCCAGCGUCCACAAGGCGCCGGACCCCAGGGAUCCGAGAGACCAGAAGGUUUCGGGUCCUCGUGAGCAUAACCAGGACGCGCAGAGGAGGCCGUCCACCCGGAAGCCUUUAGCUAAACCCAAACCGCCGCCGGAGGAGAAGAUGUGUCGCUCCACGCUGCGGUCGCUCACUCAAGGAAGCGGUGGAGGAGGCAGCGUCAGUGCUCCUGUUACUCCUUCCCACAAAGCCGGUACCCCUUCGCCAUCGCCGCUUCCUGGUUUCACCCGAUUGACUGCCUCUUCUUCUUUCAGACGAACCCACACCACGCCCACUCCUCCUCCUCCUCCUCACGCUGGCUCAGUGUCCUCCCUUAAACCCUCCCUUAAAUCCUCCCCGAAGACCUCCUCCUCCUCCAUUUCUCCUUCCAUCACCUCUUCGCCUUUCAACAGAACCAGCUCGCUAAGAGUCCCCUCCACCUCCACGUCCUCUGAACUUCUCAAACCUUCCUCCUCCUCCUCUUCGCCGAGGAGGUCUCAGAGCAUCAGGGCGCCUCCUCGGUUGCCGCUCCACGACUCGCUGGUUCCCCCUAAAGGCCACCGGCGGAACGACAGCGGCACCUUCUCCGACAAGUCAACUCACUCCAGGGACUCGGGCAAGUCCACCAGGCCGGGCUGGAGAUAACAGGAGGCAUCUGAAGAUGCAUUUCAACACAAAGUCUAAGUGGCUCCUCCUCUUUCCUUCUUUACUUGGAGGUAAAGGAUACAUUCCAACAUGAAGAACAGACCUCUAUUCAUAUAGGAGGAAAGGAAAAUUAAAAAAAACCUCCAGUUCAGCUGGAGGUUUGGUUUGGACGUAUUUUAGAGUUCGCUAUAUUUUUUAUAUUUUCUCCGCUUUACCUUCCUACCUUUAAAGCCACCAGACUCCAUUGACAAACAGUGAUUUAACCUCUCAGAGCACAGGAGCUGCCGGUCAACCACUGCAUCGAUCGGUUGGUUUGUUUGCGUUGUUGUGAGACUUCCAGGCGAGAUAACGGGUUCCAGUAAGUGCUGUCUGACAGCGAGGUGGUGAACACAUUAUGAAUAUGGGGAAGUAACUCCUCCCAAAUAUCCCUUUUAAAGGAUGAAGGACGUUCUCGCACAACAACUUUAUUUUAUGCCUUAACUUUUGGUGGUGCACCUUAAACUUUACACGUGGCCUGAUUUAAAAUAGAAAUGAUGUAAUUGUCUUUAAAUAAAAACAAUAGAUCCAUAAAUCACAGAGAAUCGUGUAGUUUAAAGACGAGGAGACAUUUUAAAGCGUCUCUGAUUCAAAGUGGGAGGAGUCUGCAGUGCCAUGUUUGUUCAUAGGAGGAUCUUUGUAUGUUUAUGUUUCUCUAUUUAUGUAGGUAUGAUGUCAAUAUUUGAUAUAUGUAUAAAUAUGUAUACGAUCUACUAAUUAAAAAAAUAUUCCUCAAA